GGUUGCCUGGACAUCCAAGAAGAGUCACGAAGGAUAAGCAUGACUGAUGCUAUUGGUGUUUUAUAAGAUGCUAUUAUUAGAAAGAAGCUUUUGGUCUCUAAUGGAAAAGUGAAGGUAGUCCUCGACCUACAACCACAACAGAGGCCAAAACUUCUGUUGCUAAGCAUGACAUUUGUUAAUGGACCCGAAGGUUGCUUUCACAAGAUGGCAGAAGAGGAAGAGAUCACCUAUGAGGAAGAGGAAGAAGAGGAAUACAUAGAGGAGGAAGCACAGGAGACCAUUGUGGAGACAAAAAAGGCGCCAGUGGCUCCCAAACCUGCUCCUCCUCCUGCAACGGUGCCUCCCCUACGCCGAAAAUCAUCUGCCAAUUACCGGGCCUAUGCCAUUGAGCCACAUGACAAGAUAAAAUGCAAGAUAUCAGCUUCUCGGAAAUUGCAACUCAAGUCACUGAUGCUCCAAGUGGCUAAGAGGGAAAUGGAAAAGGAAGAAGAAGAACGCUCCCAGGACAAAGAGAAGUUUCUCUCCGACCGCUGCAUCCCCUUAGAAUUGGCAGGACUCAGCCUCACAGACCUUCAGGAGCUAUGUCGGCAGUUCCAUAUGCAAAUCGACAAAAUUGAUGAGGAGCGUUAUGACAUGGAGGCCCGAGUCAAUAAGAGCAUCAAUGAGAUCCAAGAUUUGAACCAGAAGAUUUUUGACCUGCGAGGCAAAUUUAAGCGCCCUGCUCUUCGCCGGGUGCGUCUCUCAGCUGAUGCCAUGAUGCAGGCCUUGCUUGGCUCCAAGCACAAGGUCUCUAUGGAUCUGCGGGCCAACCUCAAACAGGUCAAGAAAGAUGACACAGAGAAGGAGAAUCGGGAAGUAGGUGAUUGGCGGAAGAAUAUCGAUGCUCUGAGCGGCAUGGAAGGGCGCAAGAAAAUAUUUGAGACCUCGGUCGCAGGGCAAGCCUGAGGCACGCAAGGUUCCUGUGUGAUCUCUGAUCUGUAGAUGCUAUCAAUCCCUUGUGAAACCUCAUCCUCUGACCACAUUCAUCAAUGGAGCAAAAACCUCACCUUGGAAUUUUGUUCUGCAAACUAUAAUUUCCCUUUCUGUUGCUUUGGGGAGCAUCUUAGCUCUGACCCUCACCCCAAAAACAAUGCAUUUAAAACUUGAAGUAUACAUGCCUACAUACAUGGGUUGCAUGCCAUCAAAUCUUGGUGGUCUUCAGAAAUGCUGCAGAAGAUAAACUUUAGACCAGGGGUGGUCCAAUCUUGGGAACUUUAAACCCUUACAUUUCAACUCCCAGAAUUCUCUAGCCAGCAAUGCUGGCUGGGGAAUUCUGGGAGUCGAAGUCCACAAGUCUUAAAGUUCCCAAGGUUGGAGGCGCCCUGCUUUAGAUCUUGAAUUUGCUCAGUGCCUCUCUGUUCUCUUUAAAGCAGCUCAAUUCUUCUUUCAGGAUUCCACACAAACCGGAAAAAUAAAGGAGUGGCUGCUUUAAAGGUGGCAUGAAGAAUAGAUCUCUUUUAAAGCAUUUCUCUUUUUUUAAAUUCUUGCUGAGAUUUUAAAAGAGUUGGGCCUCACCGUGGUUGGGUUACUUUAAUCAAGAGAAGAGAGUUGCUGUAUUCCUUUAGCAAAAAUAAUUCUAUAGCAAGCAAAAGCAAUUCCAACACAUACUAAUAGUUGGAUGAUACAAUUGCGACCACUAGAUGGCUGUCAAGAGUUAAGAUUUUGAGCAUCUCUGCUACAACCUAAUGGUGGAAUGGUUUGUUACAGCUCAGAUACAGUACAGGUAGUCCUCGAUUUACAACAGUUCAUUUAGUGACUGUUCGAAGUUACAACAUCACUGAAAAAAAUGACUUAAGACCAUUUUUCACACUUAAGACCUUUGCAGCAUCCCCAUGGUCAUGUGAUCAAAAAUUCAGAUGCUUGGCAACUGAUUCAUAUUUAUGACUGUUGCAGUGUCCCGAGUUCAUGUGAUCCCCUUUUGUGACCUUCUGACAAGCAAAGUCAAUGGGGAAGCCAGAUUCACUUAACAGCUGUGUUAGUAAUUUACCAACCACAGUGAUUUGCAUAAAAACUCUGACAAGAAAGGUCGUAAAACGAGGCAAAAUUCACUUUACAAAUAUCUUGCUUAGCAACAGAAAUGUUGAGCUCCAUUGUGGUCAUAGGUUUAUGACCAUUCUUUUAGUGACCAUUCCAAAUUACAUCGUCACUGAAAAAACUGACUUGCAACCUGCUCCUCAGAGUUACAACUGUUGCAGCUUCCUUGUGGUCCCAGGAUCAAAAUUCGGUCACUUGGCAAUUCACAUGUAUUUAUGACACUUUUGGCAUCCUGAGGCCAUGUGAUUGCCAUAUGUAACCUUCCCAGCUGGCUUCUGACAAGUAAAGACAAUGGGAGAAUCCAGAUUCACUUAACAACUGCAUGAUUUACUUGGCAAUUGCAGUGAUUCGCUUAACAACCUUGGCAAAAAAGAUCGUAAAGUCAAAUGCGGCCCACUUAAUAAUAUCAUUUAGCAUCAUACGUUCCAGUCCAAAGCAUGGUCACAAGUUGAGGACUACCUGUAUGCCUCUUGAUACAAACAAUUGGCCUGGUACAGGUAGUCCUCGAUUUAUGACCACAAUUGAGCCCAAAAUUUCUGUUGCUGAGUGAGACAUUUGUUAAGUGAGUUUUGCCCCAUUUUAUGACCUUUCUUGCCACAGUUGCUAACUGAAUCGCUGCUACUGUUAAGUUAGUAACAUGGUUGUUAAGUGAAUCUGGCUUCCCCAUGGCUUGUCAGAAGGUCACAAAAGGGGAUGACAUGACCCUGGGACACUGCAACCAUCAUAAAUAUGAGACUGCUGCCAAAUCAUCCAAAUUUUGAUCACUUGACCAUUGGGAUGCUGCAAUGGUUGUAAGUGUGAAAAACAGUCAUAACUCAUUUUUUUUAAGUAACUUCAAAUGGUCACUGAAUGAACUGUUGUAAGGUGAGGACUACUUGUACAUGCCUGUGUGUGCACACUUGUCCUUUUUUAAGGGUGCCUUUUAAGACUGGUAUAUGCACAAAGAGAAAUUGCUGUCAAAGAGCAUUCUUCUUUGCAAUUCUGGUAAGGCCUAGGGACACCAGAGCUUUCUCCUGAUCCAGCAGAUGGCUGAAGGUCCGUCAGAUCCUUCUUAGCGGGCAGGCAUCCAAGGGACAGUUCAAAAAGACCAUGAUGGCGGCUGCAACCCUCCCACUGAAGCCCACCUCUUUUUAAUGCACAACCACAGCAGCCAUCUUGACUUUUUUGACUGCCCACUUCCUGCAGUUGCCCCUGUCUGGAUGCUGCUUCACCCUUACUUGAGGUUCUUGAUGCCAAGGAAGGAAGGAAGGAAGGAAGGAAGGAAGGAAGGAAGGAAGGAAGGAAGGAAGGAAGGAAGGAAGGAAGGAAGGAAAAAAACCCUGUGCCAUCCAGUCAGUGCUUUUGUAGCUACCAUGGUUAUAUUAAGGGAUGUUGUAGAAAAGAUCACAAUGGUUUUUUGCAUGGUGUUCCAGUCAGGAUGUUGUCCAAUCACUGACAGCCAAAAAGUUGCCCAUUAUACUGGCAAACACUGCCACUUCUCAAGGACACUGUCCCCAUCAGUGCCAAAGGAAAGCGGUUGGAUCCUGCGUUUUGCUUCCCAAUUCCGAUCACUUUCACUUUCUUGUGAAUUCCCGUCAGUUUAGUUUGGGAAAACCAACCAACCUUUGAUCCCUUGGCAACGGCAAUUUGGCUCUUUGUCUAACAUGGCUCCAGGGCAUCUCCCUUGGCACAUGCCAGCUUCCUGUACCACAUGAGUUUUGGGAUUAAGGUUUAUUAAAUGCUAGUAUUUUGCAACAGUUUCUAGCCUCAUUUCUAUCUGCAAAAAAUAUUCCUUGGCCCUAUACAGACAACAUACUGGUAAAUGGUGGGUGGUCUAAGUUUAGUCUUGGUUUGGAAAGAUGCCAUAACUUCCGCCCAGGGAGAACCAUCAUUAGACACUGGAUUAGGAGCAGGGUGAUCCAUCUUCUAGUCCACUCUCAGCCCUUCAGUGGGUGACUUUGAGCCAUUCUCAAGGUUGUUGUGAGGGGAAAGGAGAAGAGGGAGCACUGUGCAUGUCAUCUUGAAUUUCUGAAAGGAUGGAAAUAAAUAAAUAAAAGACCAGGGGUAAAAUUCAGCGGGUUCUGACAGGUUCUGGCGAACCGGUAGUGGAAAUUUUGAGCAGUUUGAAGAACUGGCAAAUACCACCUCUGGCUGGCCCCAGAGUGGGGUGGGAAUGCGGAUUUUGCAAUAUCCUUCCCCCAGAAGUAGAGAGGGAAUGGGGAUUUUGCAGUAUCCUUCCCCUGGAGUGGGGUGGGAAUGGAGAUUUUGCAGUAUCCUUCCCCUGCCACACCCAACAAGCCACACCACGCCCAACAAGCCACGCCCACAGAACCGGUAGUAAAAAAAUUUGGAUUUCACCACUAUAAAAGACAUACAGAUUCUGAAACUACAAUGAGUUGGGGGAGGACCAAACUGUGCGAUGAAAUGAUGGUUUUUGGACAUUAGACAGAUGUCAUAUCUUGUAUAAGAGCCAUUGAAAGCAGUAUUGAAUGGAUGGAAUUGAAUUCUGACUGAUGACUUCUGAGUAACCCCAAAGUAGUAGGAACCCUGCCUGGGAGGGGUGUCCACCAGAGUGAGGGGCUGUGUCAAAAUGGUGGAUAUGAUGUUCCCUUUGAACAUAUUUGAGACGCCCAAAGAGUUGAGGAUUCUCAUGCACUGCUGUGCGGUCUGACGUUUUUGCCCUCCCUGCCGACACCCUCUAUUGUUUAUUUUCUCAUUAAUUACUGUUGCCCAAUGAAAACAUUUCUAAGAACUAACUUAUUUGCUGUCAAUUAAUUGCUUCUUUUUCUUUUAAAAAAAGCCUUUUAUUUGUGUUCACAUUAAAAUACACCAUUCACGCUUCAGCUCACUGACAGUUAACACUGGUCACAAUUAAAGCACAAGGAAACAGGUAUUUUUACAUAAAAAUGAAGAAACAGAAAAAGAAUACAACAAUUUGCAGAUUUGUGUCAAGUCAGUGAAUUGUCAAUAGGACAUGUUUGACCAGAAACAGCUGCUGCUGAAACACACACAGCAGAGGCACAUUCUUUUAAUGACAAUGUAGUAUAGCUUAUAAAUAAAUAAACAUUCAUAAUCAA